UGCCGGUCUCUACCGGUACCGCCCAUGCAACCGGCCAUUUAGACUUGUCCAGCACAUAGAGCAAUCGAAACGGAACGACCAAUCAUCUCAAUCAUCCCAGAUAUGGCGGCGACCACUAGUGCCACUCCAGGAGCUCCGAGGUCAGUUAAUGACCUCAAGGAACUGCUUCGCGAUGAUGUCAAGGUUAAAGUUGCAGGCAUAGAUGUGGAUGGCGUCCUCAGAGGAAAGUUCAUGUCUAAAGACAAGUUUCUAGGCGCUGUUGCUUCAGAAGGUUUUGGCUUUUGUAGCGUCGUUUUUGGCUGGGACAUGCAUGAUGCAGUCUACACUCGGGAACUGGCCAUAUCAAAUAGACAGAAUGGUUACCGCGACCUGAUGGCUUCGAUAGACUUAUCGACAUUUCGCCGCAUACCUUGGGAGAACAACGUACCCUUUUUCCUCGUCUCAUUCUUUGAUCCGAAGACAUCAGCACCCAUCUGUGCGGAUCCUAGAGGACUUCUGCGCAAAGCCGUCGAUAAUGCGGCUGAUUGUGGUAUGGCGUGCAUUUCUGGUGUAGAGUUCGAGUACUUUAACUUCAAAGAGACCCCUGAGUCUGCGGCUCAAAAACAUUUCACUCAGCUGCAGCCGUUGACCCCAGGAAUGCAUGGAUAUAGCUUACUGCGCACUCAGCUGAACCAAGAAUAUUUUCAUGAGCUAUUUGAUGAGAGCCUGAAGUUUGGCAUAGAGAUCGAGGGGCAUCACACCGAAACUGGUCCAGGCGUCCUCGAGACUGCACUCGCUUAUACAUCGGCCAUGAGAAUAGCGGACAACGCUAUCCUGUUCAAGUUCCUGGCGAAGAGUGUAGGGCUGAAGCACGGAGUACUCCCCAGUUUUAUGGCGAAACCGUGGGGAAACCUACCAGGUUGCAGCGGACACAUACACGUAUCACUCAAAGACGGAGAAGGCCACAACGUGUUCUCACUUUCAAAUGUGGAUCGUGAUCGUGGACGAGUUAAUGCAGCGUUCGAGGACACAAGAUACCUAAGUGAACUUGGAGAGUACUUUUUGGCCGGUGUAUUGGAUGGCCUUCCUGAUGUGAUGCCUAUGCUUGUCCCAACGAUCAAUGGGUACAAACGUCUCGUUGGUGGUGAAGCUUUUUGGGCUCCUAACGCAGUUACAUACGGGUACGAUUCUCGUGCGGCUUCCAUCCGCAUAAUAUCGCCACCGUCUGUCCCGCCGUCAGCAACAAGGCUUGAAAUUCGUGUACCUGGUGCUGACAUGAAUCCCUAUUUCGCCCUGAGUGCCAUCUUCCAGCUGGGCAUGCGGGGCAUUGCCAAACAACUCAAACUCACGACGCCGCCCAUCUCCACUUACCAGAGUGACCCGGCCAGGAAGAAGGAGGUUGUUUUGCUUCCUCGUUCAUUGGAGGACGCGACCAAAGCAAUGAUGCGACCCGACAGCAUUGCGCGUGAAGUCUUUGGAGACGACUUUGUGGACCACUUCGGAGCAACGAGGGAGCAUGAGGUGAGACUUUGGGAUGCAGCAGUGACGAACUGGGAAGUGGAAAGAUACCUUGAACUGGCAUGAGAAAUAUACGAGCGCAUAUAUAUGGCCCACGUGCUGUGCGAUUAACACCAACUAUCAAGUCAUGUAGGUCCUUGAUUGUGAAUGGUAUCAAAUUACAACGCCAAGAAGUAAGGAACAUCCUCUAAGGUUUGAUCGAUCAGACUCUAGUAUUGAUUCACGGCAAAUUUGAUCAUGCGACAUUUACCGAGAUAUCUGGCAC